ACGAUACAAAUGUUGAUUAGGUAUCAGACACCCCCGCCUAUAUAUUUAUGUUAUAUCUGUUCACGUUCUCCCUGGUUCAUUCGUCUCCACAUCGCUAUUAUAUUCCGCUAAAAUGACUUCGCUGUUUCAAGAGGCUGGUUGCUAUAAAGAUGAUACCGUGUGUUUUUCGAUCGACGCCCUUGAUUCAUUUCUUCUCGGAAGCUGUAAAGAUCCCAUCGAAAUGGCCACAAUGCAUUGUUUGGCUGUACAAGAUGAGGGUUCUAUAUUUCAGUAUGGACCUAAGCAAGGUCUUAAAUCAUUCAGAGAUGCCUUGGCUCAAUUCCUGAAGGGACAGUAUAAAUGUAAGGUGUCAAGUGCCAAUUUGGUGGGGACUGGUGGUUUCACGUAUGGCCUAACACUUGUUUGUAAUGUGCUGCUGCAGCAUGGAGACCCCAUCUUUAUUGAAGAGCCUAUAUCACCCAAGGCUUUGGAUAUCUUCAAAUGCUUAGGGUACAACAUUAUUCCAGUCCCUGUUGAUGAAGAUGGUCUGAACGUCACUCAUCUGGAUGACCUAGUGAACAGUUUCUCUGGUCAUAAACGGCAGCCUACAGCAGCAAGGCCUUACUGGGGAGCAGUAUAUGUCACCCCAAACUUUCAUGACCCCACAGGGGCCUCCCUGUCAACAGAAAGAUGUGAAAAGCUGGUGAACAUUGCAGAGAGGCAUAAUCUGCUGAUAAUAUCCAAUGAUGUGUAUGCCUUCUUGGCUUACAAGGAGAGGACCCCACCCUUUGGCCCCCCUCCACUCAGGCUUUUCAGCUACGAUUCAAGCCAAGGUGACGAGGAUGACAAGGCUGGUCAUGUGAUCUCACUUGGAUCUUUCUCCACGAUAUUUGCCCCAGGGCUGAGGUUGGGUUGGAUUGAGGCUCCACAAAACAUAAUUCAGACAUUGAUUGACAGCCCAUUUAUCAAGUACACCGGUGCCCCACAGCAUUACAUGUCGGCCAUUAUAGAAAGUGCCCUUGAUCUUGGCAGUUUAGAAGGACCCUUCGCAUCUCUUCGAGUCACCUAUCAUUCUCGCAUGAACUGCCUGUGUAAAGCGCUAAAGGAGCAUAUCCCGAGGGCAAACUUUACUCAGCCCAAGGGUGGACUGUUUGUAUGGGCUAAACUCCCCCAAAACAUAAACACAAAAGAACUUUUAUUAGCUUGCAAAAGCAAAUUCAAAGUGGACUUUGAGCCUGGGCGUGUCUUCUCGGCCGGUGGUGACUGGAACAACUACUUGCGACUGAGCCUGUCGCAUUAUGGCGAGGAGAGCCUGGUGAAGGGCGUAAGGAGAAUAUCUGAAGCGCUCAUGGAAAUCACGUGAUCGACGCAAAGUCCCGGAUAUAAAAUCAUACCAUCAACUACCUGUUAAACGCAGGGUGACAGGUGACAGAGCUAAGCCUGGGGCAGAAUAGAUUUUUAGGCUAAAUUCCGAUAAUAAAACCACUAAAUCCGUUCCCGGAAACGUUCGGUUAGCGCGUCGUCGUAUGUUCUCUCGCUACGGGGUAGUAGCUCAGAUUACGCAACGUUAAACGGAGAGCGUGUCGCAAAACAAAGCACAUUUCAGCUAAUUAGAGAGGAGUCCGUGGUUUAUCAGAAUUCAGUCUAGGGAAUUGUAUUUCUCCUACCCUUGCCAUGUCCAUAUUUACAAAAAAAAAAAAAAGACUUUUAAAGUCAUUAUUAACACAGGAAGCCCCACUAGUUUGAAUAUUUAUCCGCCCUCCCAAGUAGGUUUUUUUUUUUUUUUUUUUGCAGUCGGCUUCGACGAAAGCAUGUUUAAUGUAAUCCGUUCCUUGGAAAUUAAGAGUAGUUAGAUUUAGUAAUGGUCUCUACGCUUGAAUUGUUUUGUGCAGGAUUUUAUUAUUAUUUUUUUCACAUCUUUGUUUACAUGUAUUCAAGGGUUCUUCAAUAUGAAUAUGAAUAUGAAUAGCUUUGUGGUUAUUUCUUUAAUAAAUUGCUCUGUAAUGGAUAGGAAAUCCAUCUUUGCACAAA